GAGUUUCAUGAGGCCUCCACGAUAAUUUACGAUGGCGUAAGAGUCGUAGCCGCAAUUUUUAAAAAAGAAAACCCGAGGCUCUGGCCUAAUGGCCAGAGGCGUUCCAGUUCUCUGUGCAACCAGGAGCUAAACAGAACGCCAGCACUAGUUAACAUCACUCGAAGUUACAAACUAUUCUGGUGUAUAAUUUCGGGACGAGUCUCAGGAUAUUAGAAAGGAAGAGACACAUCAGGGAGGAUGAGACUCCUGGCGAUUUCGUUUGUCUUGCUCCACCUAAUUCUCGUCGUUAAUCGAUCUGACGCUCGUGAAAUCACGCAUGAAGAUAUCAAGGAUGCCAUGCUGAGUCUCGUCCACAUGAUGCGGGAAAACACAGAGAAGCUGGAGAGGCACGAGGUCAGAGAGCGUCAAUUGGGUGAACAAGUUAAAAAGGCCAUUAGUCUUUUAUCGAAAAGAGUCUCAGCUAUUGAUGGACUCAAGACGCAUCUCACCAAGUUGGAUGAGAGAAUCGGAGGAAUUGAGCAGUUGAUUUCGCAGAGGGACGAGAGAGAGAGAGUUCAAAUGCAAAAAACAGCAGACGGCGUUGAACUCUUGGAGAGUCAUCUAAACAGUUGGUUCACGAAUGUGGAUAACAAACUUGCUGAGAAUAAUCGGCGAACCGAUACCGAAGUACCGAGAAUUCACGAUAAUAGGCCUUCGGAGAUAAUGGUAAAACUCAAUAAAACCGAGGCCGCUAUUGGUGGUGAGCUCGCAAGACUGGAGUUUGCACUCGAAGCUAUUAACAAUAAGCUGGGAGAUGGACCUGCAAAGCUUCUCGUUGUAUCUGAAGAGGUGACUAAGAUUGGAACUAGAAUCAGCGAUAUCGAAGCUUCCCUGGAGGUUCUGAAGUCGAAGGCUCAGCAACUUCACGAGAAGGUGGGUGAGAGGAAGGAGGACGUCAGCCCCACACUUGAGGGACAGACCCAGAUGCUGGAGAGACUGAAGGAACUUGCUGAAGAGACCUCCGAGAGGAUUCAACAACUUCCAAAAACAACUGACGUUCAUGGCCUUCAUAACGAGACACAAGCAGUUCUCCAGGAGACAAAGCAUGCGCUGAGGGAAGCUAUUGCUCGUGAGGUGCAUGAAGUCAACGGGAAAGUGCAGGAGACGAAUCAAGAAACGAAAGAUGCAAUCGGGGAAUUGAGAUUGGAUCUUGCGAAUAAUGCAGAUCGUGUGAAUGAGGAACUCAAAGACCUGGGGAAAGGCCAGUCAGUGAUGGUCUCCAUGGCAGAUCACGUUCUGGACACGAAGAAACGAGUGGAAUACGGAGUUCACCAGAUUCUCCUAGAAGUUGGGGAUUUGGUGAAGGCACAGAGUGUUCACAUCAAUGACACCCUCAACUCUAGAUUCGAUGGAAUCUCCAACGAUAUAAUGGACAAUCAGAAUGGGGCGGUUGCUAAUUUAACCACAAAGAUGGAGCAGGAGAUGAAUCAGGUUUGGAGACAGAUCAAUGUCAUGUACCAGCAAAUGACUGAGAGUGCUAAAGCUCUGGAUAAGCUUCACAAGCAGAAUGAAGCCUAUGUCAAUGGGACUACUACGACCAUGGGGGGAAUGGAGAGCAAAGUCGGAGAGAUCACGAAACGCAUGGCAGAGGUUGACGAGAACCUGAACUACCUCCUGGGCAGGCUCUCCCUGGUGACCCAGGAGUUCAACCAAAUAAAAUCAGGACUGGGUGCCGCAUUGGACAACAUAAAGGCCUCGUUCAAGGAGGUCCAGGAAAAAGCCAAUGACCUGAGCAAUCCUGGCCCGCAUCCUGUCCCCGAAAACUACAAACAGAUGGAUGAAACGCCUAAGAACGAGGACGGGCAUAUACCGGAGAUCAUAAGUCACGUUAAGUCGUAUUAAAAUGGACGGAUACUUAUUGUCCCUCAUUCAUUCAGUCCAAAUCUCAGUCAAAAAAUGCUUUGAGGAUCUACGAGAGAUAAAAGACGUCUUGGGAAAAAAUCAUAUCCACUAUUUGAAAAAUUUGUAACUAAUUGAAUUUAUUGGCGCGGUUAUCUCGUAUGGGAGUGAGUUUACGAGGAAAUGUGACAGAAACUUUUACGUGGAGAGAAAACGUGGAGAAUAAAAAAUGUUUCGUGGUAUUUGCUCAUAGAACCGCUCACUGACGAGACAAAUUCAAAAUUUUUGCAGGUAAUUUUUUGCAAAAAAAGAUCCUCCAUUUCCCAAGGAGAUUUAUUUCGCAUUUUUCCCUUUAGUAUUAUUAUCUCACCCAAUUAUCGUAGACAUAAUUCCACGUAUAAUUAGUCUAGAAUUUUUGUAAAUGCCUCUAACCCUCGGAAAAGCCAUCAGAACUUAAAAUCAGGGAGAAAAUUAACGUACAGGAAGAUGGGAGAUUCUUUGUAACGAAUUAAAUCAUCAAUAUUGUCGCCUGUCAACAAAUUUGUUUUUACUAUUUACUUAUUUCAUCAAUAAAUCUUAUGACAUUCGUUCUGAA